UCCAAAGAGCUGGAGUUUGUCCCAACUGCAAUUAAGGCGAGGUCUUUACUUUAGUGAAUGCGAUUUUGAUGUGUAUAGAGAAGCUAACAGCUUACCAUUUUCGCGGGAAAAUCAACUUUGUCCGGGUGAAAAAGAAUAUCAGAGACCGUUACAGGAGCAAUCAAAUUAUGUUGAAGUGCUCUUGUGCUUAUCUUCGUUGAAUUUUUAUUCCGAUUCCUUUUUUACUCGGCACAUCAAGUCUUUUGUAAAAAGGUACGCCUUAUAUGCAUGGAUCGUACCAUUUCUCACUGAAUAUUUUCCGAAAGGUAUCGCAGCUGUAGAAUACCCUACCAAUCAUUUAGAUGUCAUUGAAUAAGAAUAGCCUCUAUUAUAUAUGCUUCGUCCUUCAGGCUGUUCUUAGUUGAACAAAUAUGGCGCUUUUUAAGACUAUUGUCGCCAUCGUCCUCAUUGUCACGGCAUUCAGCGUUACAUCAUUCUCUACGCACUUUAAAAACAUCGUCUCUCAAAUUCUCGAGAUCUUUCGAACGUGGAUGCCAUCGUUUGUCAAUAUAUUGGAAGACACUGUGGCCACAAUUUACAAAUAUUGUGCUGAACGCUUCCUUGAAGACAUCAACAGAGCCAUUGCUGGCUUGGUUACCCUUCACAACAAUGGAAUGGGUUAUACAGACGAAUUCCUGCAGCAAGUUCUUGGCAUUGAUGGUGCUACUUUGCCAGAUCAAGUUGGAACAGCAAGAAAUAAACUCUUAUCGCUCAUUUUGUUCCUCUUUUGGGUCAUUAUGGGUCUCAUUUGCAUUUCCAGAAUGUCCUAUAACAAAUUUUUUUUUUUGAUGUCUGGUACAUUCCUUGUCCAUGCUUUUUUUGGGCCUGUCUGGUGCAUACGGUGGAUGGCAUUUUGUAUUGGAAUUUGCUUAUGGAUGGGUUCUCUAGUCUCCAGUAAGCCAAUACCUGCGGCAAUCACUGUUUUGAUUGCUUUCACCUUGACAGGCCUAAGAAGAUGGACGAAGAAAGUUGAUAUGUCGACAAACACCAGUUAUCUCGUGAAGUUUAAUGAAAGUAUCGAGCAAAGACUUGAUGGAAUAGAAAGAAAACUAGAUCUCUUGAUGACAAGGCUGAAUGACAUGAACCAUAAUGUGCACUACAACUGAAAAAAAAAAAUGCACAAUAGAUUUUUGCCAAAGAUGGGCUAUAGAUUUUUGCUAAUCCUGAUUGGUGGAGAAGUUAUGAAAGGAAAAACUGUCAACCAUUGCAAUUCCAGGAUGGACAUGGAUGGACAUGUCUCCUUUCAAUUAAGGAUUAGAGUAUAAUUAUUGAUAAGAGCUAAUUCUAAAUCAACUAUCAUGUUUAGGAACUGAGGAUUAGCAAUAUGAUUGUCCCUAUGAUAAAUCUACCAGCUGUUCAAACUUGACAUCAAGAAAAGCAUGUUCUUUAAUGAAUAAGGAUACAAUUAGGAUAUACCUUGUGCUGCUCACUUCAGUCGUUGUUUGCUACAAAAUUGAUUUUGAUUGAUGCAGAAGAAAUUUUCCUUGAUGCCUAACCCUUUGCCCCAAUAGUGGUCUGCAUCUAAAUUCUGCCAUCACAAUGCUGUGCUCUAAGAAAAUGAGAAGGGAGCCCACUGCUCUGAAACUUUGAAAUACAGGGUGCCCAACAUAUGCUUUUAUAUGAAAAAACUAAAAUUCCCAAGUUGCCCAAGAGUGAAAGUAAAGUACCAGGGGCCACUGUGCACUGCUAGACCACAGCCCUGCAUCAUUAUCACCCCUGAAUCAAACAUGGAGGUCAAAUUCGACAAAUUCUCCUUUAAGUGCCUUAGAAUUUGUACAAAGUCCAGUAUGGAGAACUUACAUACUGAUGUUAAGGUGUAAAGGGUGAAUAGUUUGUGGUUAGGAUGAGUUUUAGCUUAGCCAAUGAAACAGUCUGUUCUGUUUUAAUAAUAAUAAUAAUAAUACAGUUCUUAAAAAUGCAUUAUGCAUAUUAAGUCUCAAUGCUUUUACAUAAGAUUUAAAGUAAUUUCAAAAAUAAGACAAAAUUUAACUAUAAAUUAAAAGCGAUUUUAAAAAGGUGAGUCUCUAGCCUGGUUUUAAAGGAAUCUAUAAGGUUUCGGAAUAUCUCAUAAAAUCAGGAAGUUUGUUCCAAAGCAUGGGGGAUGCACACGCAAAGGAUCUGUCGCCAUAGGUAGAGGUUCUAGAUCUUGGGACAGACAGACUGAUGGACCUUGAGGAAUAGAGGGAGCAGACAGGUUUAUAGAGAGUUAACAGAUUUGCCAAGUAAUCAGGAGCCAGACCAUGAAGUGCUUUACUGAUAGGAACAGACCUGCGAGUGACUGGCAUGGCCUGCCCCUCGCAAAUGAAAGAGGAUUCAGCUUAGGGAUUCAGUUAUUAAUGAGAAUAUCAGUGUGAUUAAUAAAUGAAUUUUUGCAUGAGUGCGUGGGUAUGAUAUAACCACAUUUAUUAAAAGCUGCCAGAUUCUUGCACAAUUUCAUUUGUUAGUUUUUCCAAUGUAUAGGGUGUCUUAUUUAUAUAUAGCCUACAGGGAAGGCAUCUCAUUAGCUUAUGAUCGUUUAUCAGAACGUCAGAAUGGAGAGUGGGG